AUGAGUUUUCAACUCUCACGUGAACAAUUUCGCACUAUGAUUUUAUAUGAUUGGAAAAUUGGCUUAACGUACAAGCAUAGUCAUGCCCGUUUGGUGCAAGCAUGGAGGGAGCAAGCAUCUUCUGACCACACAGUCUUCAAUUGGUUUCAUGAAUUUCAACGCGAUAAUUUUAAUGUUCAAGAUGCUCCACUUUUAGGUCGUCCUUCAACAUCUGUUAAUGAACAAACAAUUGAUGCUGUACGAAAAAUAAUUGAAGAUGUUCCUCAUUCGACGUAUCAACAAAUAGAAAACAUAUUGGGUAUCAGUUCCACAGCAAUUAAUUCGAUUAUUCAUGAUUAUUUAAAUCUAAGAAAAGUU